AUGGCAGAAGAAGCAAUAGUUGAUGUUAUUGUCGUAGGUGCUGGAAUAUCAGGCCUUUAUGCAGCUUAUCGACUGCAACAAAAAGCACCAGAACUUAAAAUACUUGUACUUGAAGCAAAAGAUCGAGUUGGUGGUCGAACAUUAACAGCUGAUCUUAAAACAUCUCGCGAUGGAAAUGAAACAGAUCGUUUUGAUCUUGGUGGUCAAUGGGUGACUGAUACACAAGAAAAUAUCACAGCAUUACUCAAUGAAUUAGAAUUAGAAACAUAUCCGCAAUAUCAUACAGGCAAAAGUAUAGCAGAAUUAUGUCGUCAUAUAAAACAAUAUGCAUUACCAAUACCAUUUAUUUCUUUACUUUCAUUUCUUGAAAGUAUUUAUAAUGUUUUUCGACUUGAAAAUUUAGUAUCAACUGUUCCAACAUGGAAUCCUAUGAUGACAAGAAAUGCUGAUUAUCUUGAUCAGCAUACACUUGCAGAUUUAAUGAAACCAUGUAUACGUAAUAGUGCAAAACCAUUAUUUGCUGCUGCUGUACGAACUAUAUUCGGCUGUGAACCUGAACAAUUAAAUGCUCUUUUUGCUUUAACAUAUGCUCAAGCUAGCGGGGGAUUUAUGAGAUUAACAUUAACCGAUCCUGGUUGUGCACAAGAAAAGAAAAUUAAAGGUGGAUCACAACAAAUCUCUCAAAUACUUGUUGAACGUAUCGGUACCGAGCAUGUUCGACUCGAAACACCCGUACAAAAAAUAGUACAAAAAGAAGAUGGUACCAUUUUGGUUACUACUACCCAAAAUCAAGCAACAAUUCAGUGUCGCAAAGUUAUUUUAGCUAUUCCACCUUCGCAAAUCAUUCCAAUACAGUUUGAACCAAUGUUACCAGGAUAUAAACGUGAACUGUUUAAACAUAUGCCAAUUGGUAGUUAUCUCAAAUUUAUUUUUAUUUUUGAUAAAGCAUUCUGGCGAGAAGAUGGUCUUAGUGGAGAAGUAGUUAGUGAUGGAAGUUUUACUUCCCUUGGACUUUCUAUUGGACCUUUGACUUAUUUGAUUGAUGGCACAAGUUCAAAUGGUACACCUGCUUUAAUAGGCUUUAUCGGUGGUCGAUGUGCUUCUGUUUGGACAAGUGUAACAUUUGAAGAACGACGUAAAGCUUUAACUGAAUGCCUUUCUCGAUAUUUUGGUGGUCAUAAAAUAACCAGUCAUUUAAUUGAAUAUGUUGAAAAGGAUUGGAAUUUAGAACCAUAUUCCGGUGGAUGUCCAUGUCAUAAUGUAACAACAGGAUCAAUGAAGGAUUUUGUUGAUGGUCUAAGAAAACCAUUUACAAAUAUUCAUUUUGCUAGUACGGAGACAGCUAGCCAAUGGAUGGGUUAUAUGGAUGGAGCAGUUGACGCUGGACGACGUGCAGCAUCAGAAAUUUUAGUAUCAUUUCGUGACAAUAACCAAUCAAAAGAUUAUGAGAUUGAUUCAUAUACUUAUGAAAGUCAAAAUCGCAAAUAUCAAAAUGUUCGAGUACCACGAUCAAAAUUCUAUUAUGCAAUUCCGAUAAUUAUUGUUUCUAUCGUUGCUUUAUCGAAAGUGCUCUUUCCUAGAGUAUUUGAAUGA